ACUUACCGAAGCUGCGAAGCCUCCUUCACGCGAACUGGCUGAAGCUCGAAGAAGAAGUCUAAGAAGCGGAAGAACGAAGACAGAGCUUCUGAACCGCGCCGUGAGUUGCGACUCUGCCACGCCGAGCCGCCUUCCGCCGUUACGUCGCCCAUCCAGCCUCCAGGGCUCUGCAUCUUCAGCCAUCGUUCCUCUCUGCCGUCCAUGGAUUCUGGCUCUCAGGCUCUGGGGUCUGCCAGUCUGCCUCCAGCUCUACUCCAGGUGGCUGGUGAUUAUACUGUUGGGACAUGCUGCAGGGGUCUACACGUGUGUACAGAAUUUUGAUGUGGAUUAGUACUAAUGUAAUGAAUAGCAAUGGGCGCAUUUGCAAAUAAUCUCCGAAGAAGUUCAGGAAACUCCAUUUCUUGUUGCAGUAUUAUCUCGCGUGUUCACUGUAGUUAUUAGUUGUAGUACACGUGUCCAGAACUAUUACGUGGGGCCUGUGAUGUCAUAGAGAUGAGUUUCUCACAGGGUUUAAUGGCUAAACCAAAAGCAUCUUUUUUCACAAAUAGGUUCCUCUGUCACAACCCUAAACCUAUCCAACACUCUAACCCUAGCACAACUAUCCGGGAUCGCAAUCUUAGCAUUUUAGGAGUAAACGAGAGUGGCCAAGGGCCUGUUGUAUCGGAUUCGGAUGAUAAAAACUCUAACAAGCUUCGUCAUUUGAGUGAGAUAGCAAAGGAUGUUUCAAGAAUAAUACGAACACGAGCAAGAUGGGAGAAAACUCUGUUAUCUGAUUUUCCAGGCAUGAUUUUCUCUGAUCCUAAUUUGUACCGUGAGGUUUUAAAGCAACAGCAGAAUUUGAUUCUGGCGCUUCGGUUUUACUAUUGGCUUAGUUCUCAAAAAGGGUUUUUGCCCGACCCCGUCACCUCUAAUGUGAUUUUCCGUGAGCUUGUGGAAGCCAAGGCUGGCAGAUUGGCUAAGAGUUUCAUUGGCAGUAUGAAGUUUGUGCCAGACCCUAGUUCUUUGGAGGCCUACAUUGAGUGUCUCUGUAAUGAUGGAUUGAUUGAUGAAGCUCUUCUGGUUCUUGAUGAACUGAAGGGAGUUGGGCACUGCCCAACAUUGAGUACAUGGAAUUCAACUCUGUUCAGUUCGAUCAAAUCUGGAAAGCCUGAAAUUGUUUGGAAAUUGUAUGAGCAUAUGACAGAAUGCGGAGUUACUGGGGAUGCCGAUACGAUUGGAUACUUGAUUUACGCAUUUUGUAUGGAUAACAAUCAUUCAAGAGGUUAUGAGCUUUUGAAGCAACUAUUAGAUACUGGGCAUGUCCCUAACAAUAUUGUGUUCAACAAAUUGAUUUAUGAGUCCUGCAAGAAUAAGGAGUACUUUAGAAUGACAGGUAUUCUCUAUGCUAUGAUGGGUAAAAAUUGUUCUCCUGAUGUAUAUACUUAUCAAGAGGUUAUCCAUGGAGUCCGUGAUGGCAAUCACACACGUGGCAGGGAUGUUUUUCAAAUUUUCAAGUAUAUAAAAAGCAGGGGACAUGCUCCGGAUAUGGUUAUGUACUCAACAGUAAUCCACAGUCUUGUGAAAGCCAAUAUGUUGCAAAAAGCUAAAGAGGUGUGGUUUGAGAUGAUAAAGAAGAAAUUUGUUCCGAAUAAUUAUAUUUAUAAUGCACUGAUCUAUGGGUACUUGAAAAUUGGUGAUGCACGAGAGGCAGAAAGGCUGUAUAAGGAUAUGCUUUAUAGGGGAUGUGUUGAUUCCUCAGUGACAUACAACAUCUUGAUUAGUGGUUUUUGUGAAAAUAGGAUGUUUAUGAAAGCUUAUAGAUUGUUCCAACAUAUGCUUAGCAAGGGCAUUCCUCAUGAUGACGUCACUUAUCAUUGCCUAAUUAAGGGCUUCUUUGGAGGUCAAAAGGCAGCUAGUGAUCUCAAGAGUUUCUACAAGAUGCGCAAGCAUGGGUUGCAGCCAUCAAUUGCCUUGUACAAGGUGUUAAUCAGGAGACUAUGUGAGGAAGGGUGUGUUGAGGAAGCAUAGUUGUUAAUGAAGGAUAUGGCGGGCUGUUGUCUGGUACCUGAAAUAUCUAAUAAAAAAAGAGAUCGUAUUCUAAAUUUGGAUAACUUGGGACUUGAAGCCCAAAUAUAGCGGGAAAUCCCAUUUCAAAAUUCCGCCUUCCGUCUUAAGAUUUGAAAUCUACCCGAAAGUCUGAAACUCAAGAACUUCUUCGUAACACAACCACAGCUCGACCUAUCUAGGGUCUUGUAAGGUUUGUGAUUUUCAAGACCCCUUCAUUCCUGAAGAUGUUGACUAUUUUUUAAUGCCCAGCACAGCAAAGAGCUGGUGCAAAUGAAUGGAGGGACACAAUAAGAAUUAAUUAAUAUAUGUGGGAUAGUGCUAUAAACUAGUUUAAUUCAUGGAAUUUUUUUAAGUUAUGAACGCAUUUGUAUUCAUGAUCUUGACAAUAACUUUUGUGUAUUUUACACUGUUUCAUGACAUUUUAAAUCAACACUCCCUCCCUAUUAUAGCCUAUAGGCUAUAGGGGUUUGACACGAUAUUUAAGAAUUAAGAGAAGUAGCAAAUAAAUAGUGUAGAUAAAGUAUUG